CUGAUGGUUCCCUGAAUAAGUCCAAAUAUGAACCACAACACCUAUUAGAUGAAAAACAGCAGAAAAGAAACACUGCUAAAAACCAGAAGAGGGGAAACAAAUGCUCUGCAUCUGAAGAUGCUGAAUUCCAAGUGCCUGAAACCUGCCAAAAAAUGAACACAGGGGGGAAACCUGAUAACUUCUGGAAGAGCGGAAGGAGGUUAUCUUGGAAGGGACACCAUCCUAGUCAUCAGCAACUCCACGGGAAGGAGGCACAUAAAUGCCUGGAGUGUGGAAAGAGCUUUCCUCAGAAUAAAGAACUUAGGACCCAUCAUUGUAUUCACACUGUGAAGAAACGCUAUAAAUGUUUGGAUUGUGGAAAGAGCUUUGAUUGGAGUUCACUGCUUACUGUUCAUCAACGUAUCCACACUGGGGAGAAACCAUACAAAUGCCUGGAAUGUGGAAAAAGCUUUGCUCAGAGUGGCAGCCUGGCUGCUCAUCGACGAAUCCAUACUGGGGAGAAACCAUAUAAAUGCCUGGAAUGUGGAAAGAGCUUUGCCCGGAAUGGCAAACUCGCUGCUCAUCAACGUGUCCACACUGGGGAGAAACCCUUUAAAUGCUUGGAAUGUGGAAAGAGCUUUGCUCAGAGAGGCAGCCUGACUGCUCAUCAGCAAGUCCACACUGGGGAGAAACCACAUAAAUGCCUGGAAUGUGGAAAGAGUUUUGCCCGGAAUGACAAACUGAUCGCUCAUCAACGAAUCCACACUGGGGAGAAACCAUAUAAAUGCUUGGAAUGUGGAAAGAGCUUUGCUUGGAGCAUUACACUGGCUGCUCAUAGACAAAUCCAUACUGGGGAGAAACCAUAUAAGUGUUUGGAGUGUGGUAAGAGCUUUGCUCAGAGUGGCAGCCUGGCUGCUCAUCGGCGAAUCCACACAGGGGAGAAACCAUAUAAAUGCCUAGAGUGUGGAAAGAGCUUUGCUCAGAGCGGCAGCCUGGCUGCUCAUCGACCAGUCCACACUGGGGAGAAACCUUAUAAAUGCCAAGAAUGCGGAAAGAGCUUUGCCCAGAAUAACAAACUGGUUGCUCAUAAACAAAUCCACACUGGAAAGAAACCAUAUAAAUGCUUGGAGUGUGGAAAGACCUUUGCUCAGAGCGGCAGCCUGGCUGCUCAUCGACAUAUUCACACUGAGGAGAAACCAUAUAAAUGCCUGGAGUGUGGAAAGAGCUUUGCUCGGAACAACACACUGACUGCUCAUCGACGAAUCCACACUGGGGAGAAACCAUAUAAAUGCUUGGAGUGUGGAAAGACUUUUGCUCAGAGUGGCAACCUGGCUGCUCAUCGACAAAUCCACUCUGGGGAGAAACCACAUAAAUGCUUGCAGUGUGGAAAGACCUUUGCCCAGAGUGCAGAUCUCAGGGACCAUCAAUAUAGCCACGCUGGGGAGAAACUAUAUAAAUGCUUGGAUUGUGGAAGGAGCUUUAGUCACAGACGCAAUCUAGUUGCUCAUCAGCGAAUCCAUACUGGAGAGAGAUCAUAUAUAUGUCUGGAGUGUGGAAAGAGCUUUGGUCGAAGUACAGAUCUUAAAGCCCAUCUGCAUAUCCACACUGGGGAGGAACCGUAUAAAUGCCUGGAUUGCGGAAAGAGCUUUGCUAAGAAUUCCCUCCUUGCUGCUCAUCGACGAAUCCACACUGGGGAGAAACCAUAUGAAUGCUUGGAGUGUGGAAAGUGCUUUACUCAGGCUUCCCAGCUAACAGUCCAUCGACGUAUCCACACUGGGGAUAAACCACAUCAGUGCUUGCAGUGUGGAAAGAGCUUUGGUCAGAGAUCACAGCUUAUUUUCCACCAAUGGGUCCACACUGGACAGAAACCAUAUAAAUGCUUAAAGUGUGGAAAAAGCUUUUCUCGGGGUAGCAACCUAGUUGCUCAUCAACAAAUCCACACUGGGAAUAAGCCGCAUGAAUGCUUGGCGUGUGGAAAGAGCUUUGUUUGGAGCUCGCAGCUUAAAGUCCAUCAACGGGUGCACACUGGAGAGAAACCAUAUAAAUGCCUGGAAUGUGGAAUGAGCUUUGCUCGAACUGACCGCCUAGCUGUUCACCGGCGAAUCCACACUGGGGAGAAACCAUAUAAAUGCUUGGAGUGUGGAAAGAACUUUGCUCAGAGUAUAGAUCUUAGGGUCCAUCAGUGUAUCCACACUGGGGAGAAACCUGAUAAAAGUCUGGACUGUGGAAAGAGCUUUGCUCAGAGGACAAAUUUUACUGCCCAUCAACUUAUCCACACUGAAGAGAGAUCAUAUCAGUGCUUGGAAUGUGGAAAGGAUUUUGCUGAUAAGGGAACUCUUAAGAUACACCAAAGAAUUCACACAGGGGUGAAAUCAUAUAAAUGCUUUGAUAGUGGAAAGAGCUUUGCUUUAUGUUCACAGCUUACUGCUCAUCAACAAAUCCACACUGGAGAAAAGCCAUAUAGAUGUUUGGAGUGUGGAAAGAGCUUUACUAACAAGAAACAUCUUACUGUCCAUCAGUAAUAUCCCAUGCACAGGGAGAAACUGUAUUGAUACUUGGAUUGCGGAAAGAGCUUUGCUCACAAAACAAAUCUGCCAACCCAUCAAGCAUUAUCGCCACGGGGAGAAACCAUAUAAAUGCUUGGAGUGUGGAAAGAGCUUUGUUCAAAAGGCACAUCUUAAGGGACACCAAAGAACUCACACGGGAUAAACCAUAAAAAAUGCCAAACCAUUAUUUGCCUCAGAGAAUUCACACAGGAGAAAAACCAUCCAGACUUUUCCAGUGAUGCAGGAUCUUCAACCUCAAGCCCAACCUAUCUGGGUCUCAUCAUCUCAGUUUUUUUCUGGUUACAGUAAAUCAGGAACAUAUUUUACAGCUUUUGAACUAGCAUUUGUGAAGGCAUGUUCAGCUCUUAGCUAAAAUAUUUGGAAUAGCAGGG